AAAAACACACACAACACAUCCAGCUCCUGGUGACAUUUUAUAUCCAGACACAGCGGCUGAAAAACGGCCAAUUUGCUCACAAAGAUGCCUGGGAUGAUGGAUAAAGGCUCAGAGUAUUUGGGGAAAGGUCGCUCAAACGGCACCAAGAGUCCGUCCAACGCGUCGAACGGACAUUUCUCUGACGAAAGCGGCAGCGACGACGAACACGAUGUGGGGAUGCGGGUUGGAGCUGAUUAUCAGGCCAAUAUUCCUGAGUUUGAACCAGGCUCCACUAAGUACACGGACAAAGACAGCGGAGGGAUGCUGGUUUGGUCUCCGUAUCACACCAUCAUCGACUCCAAAUUGGACGAAUACAUCGCUUUGGCCAAAGAGAAACACGGAUACAACGUGGAGCAGGCGCUCGGCAUGCUGUUCUGGCACAAACACAACAUAGAGAAGUCUCUGGCCGACCUGCCGAACUUCACCCCGUUUCCAGACGAGUGGACGGUGGAGGACAAGGUGCUGUUCGAGCAGGCCUUCAGCUUCCACGGCAAGAGCUUCCACCGCAUCCAGCAGAUGUUACCGGACAAAUCCAUCUCCAGUCUGGUGAAGUACUACUACUCCUGGAAGAAGACUCGCUCCAGAACCAGCCUGAUGGACCGGCAGGCUCGUAAACUGGCCAACAGGAGCAACCAGGACGACAGUGAUGAGGAGAUGGAGGAGGCCCCUCCCGUCGAAGCCAACGACAGCGACUACGACCCCAACAAGGAAGCCAAGAAAGAGCUCUGUGUUCCCUCUCUACAGAACCAGGUGGAGCCGGUGCUGCCGGGCUCCAAGGUGGCUCUGGGUCGACGGGAGCACCACACCCUGCAGCACCGACACCACCAGCGCUCCCGCUGCCGCCCCCCCAAAGGCAUGUACCUGACCCAGGAGGACGUGGUGGCCGUGUCCUGCAGCGCCUCCGCCGCCAACACCCUCCUCCGUCAGCUGGACAUGGAGCUGGUGUCCCUCAAGAGACAGGUGCAGAACGCCAAGCAGAUGAACAGCGGACUGAAACACAUGUUGGAUGCUGGGAUUGAAGAGUUCAGACUAGCUGAGUGCAACCAGAAGGUGAACGCCCGCUGGACCACAGACGAGCAGCUCCUGGCUGUUCAAGGUGUGAGGAAAUACGGGAAAGACUUCCAGGCCAUCGCUGACGUCAUCGGCAAUAAGACGGUGGGCCAGGUGAAGAACUUCUUUGUGAAUUACCGGCGGCGGUUCAACCUGGACGAGGUGCUGCAGGAGUGGGAGGCCGAGCAGGGGACGCGAGCUCCCAACGGGGACAGCGUCACCUCCGGAGAGGAAGGGAAGACGAGCUCCACCACUCCGUCAGGGAAGAGCACUGACGAAGAGGACGAAGAGGGUCAGGUGACCUCCUCAGGUGCGUCUCCUGCUGCCUCCUCUUCCUCUUCGGCUCUGAUUCCAGUGACGUCCAGCGCCUCCUCCUCCUCCUCCCUCCACCAGCCCCCUCCCCUCCUGCGGCCCUCCCUCCCGGCUACGCCCUCCCUGCACCGCCAGCCCCCGCCCCUCCAACAACAGGCUCGCUUCCUGCAGCCGCGCCCCACCCUGCAGCAGCCCCCGCCGCUCAUUCGCCCUUCCAACCCCAUGCCCCCCCGUCUUAACCCACGCCCUCCCGCUCCCAUGACCCUCGGCGGCAACCCCGGGGGGUCAGGUCCAAGCUCCGCCCAGCAGGCCCCCGGCCUGGCCGUCCACCAAUCAGAGGCCUCGUCUUCCUCCCUCCACUGACGAACGUUAGACUGAGUUUCUGCAGAAGACACACAAGAAAGAAAUCUGAAGCUGCUGUGUUCAGGUCCUGUGGGAAACACUGAGUGACUUAAUUCUUCAGAACAAGGACGGCGAGUUUCAUGGCCUCUGAUCAGCUUUUCUACUCGUCCCACACAAGAACAUAAAGGUGACACAUUUAAACAGAACACAAUCAGAAGUGUUUAUUAUUUGGUCAAUAGUUUUUUUUAGGGGUUGACGUUUGUCUUUCCCACAGGACUAAAAUGCAGCAUACAUGCUGGUUGAUGGACACCUGGUUUUGCAAAAGAGCUUUGACUACAAGUCUUUCAGUCUCUAUAAAUCUGUCACAGAACGUUUGCAGAUUGUUAAAGCAGAGCCUUUUCAGUCACCAGUCAUGUGGCGUCCCACAGGGUUCAAUCCUGGGUCCCUGCUUUUUUUUCUCUUUAUCAUUAUGUCUCCACUUGGACAUAACUGCAUUAACCGCAAACAUAAAAAUGGCACACAACAGCGGUACCUGUACAUUUCAAAGUGAUUUAUCAGUUCUCAUCAGCAGCCUAGUAGAUACUAAAAACUGGAUGUUGCAGUAUUUUCUACAGCUAAAUUAAUCUAAUUGAAAUAAAGUAACAGAGUCUAUUAUAACUUUAAAUUAGGGUUUUAAAUUCAACUUUAAUCAUAGUAUCUUCUUACAUUAAGAAAGUCUCAACAUUUGUAUUGAUUUAAUUUCAUUAUGAUCUUUUAUGAGUACACUUAAUCCUCCACCUUCCAGAGUUGUCUACAUGUAUACCCUCCUGAGUCUCUGCUAAUAUUUGUGUUCCGCAAACCUCUGUUAAUGAUUGGUCCGAACAAAUUAUUCCAACAACUACUGGCUCCCCAGAGGAUGAACCCUUUCCAUUUUAGUGAACCCAUGGUUCUUUCCUCUACUGCCACCCUUUGGAUUAAACUCUGUGUUGUUGGUUCAUGUUGUGGCUGUUAUGACCACUGCAGCCUCUAGGGGUCAUUAUGUUUGUGUAACAGAUGGGAGGUUGAACUGAAUACCUCAGUGUUGUGUACAGUAGCAUUAGACAUCCAUGUGUACAGUUUGGUAUCUAUUUGAAUAAUUUGUAAUCCUGCUGUCCAUCCAGUCCGCUGUCAGUAACUCAUUCACUAACUCUGUGACAAACGUUUGAUAUGACGCUUUUUUGGAAAAACACUAAAAAAAAAAAAACACCCAGAUGUCCUUCAGUGUAGAAAUGUCUCCAUCAGCCAAAUGAGAAAUGUUCCUUACUGUUCUAUUAAUUGUUCUGUUGUUGUGUUUUUCCACAAACUGAAAAAACCUAAAUGUUGUCAUCAUCUGGACUGUGAGCUUCAGAUGUGUUGUCUGUCUUCUUUUUGUUAUUUAUUCUUCUUCUUCCUGGUGCUAUCAGUUUGAACUUGGUGUGUUAAAAAAAAAAAAAUCAUUGUGAAAGUGCUCUUAAUGCUUUUUUUGGACAAACAUGCAUCACGGCGUUAAAUGUAACUGGAGUCAUAGAGUCAAAUAGAGCCCUCUGAGUUUCAGUAGAAUUUGUAAAAUAUUGCCGUUAAGCUGCUGAGACGUCUCAUUAAAAACGACAUUUGUACCAUCUGACUGUUUGUAUUCUUCUGAUCUGUGACUCUAAAACACUCAGUGGCCACUUUAUUAGGUACACUUGUAUAAUAUUGCAGAAGCAGAGAAGGAAUAUCAACAAUA